AAAGUUCCACAUGAAAUUUGAAGGGGAAAAAUAAAGUUAAACACAUGAUGACAUGAAACACAUGUAAAUGAUUGUCUGACCAUAUCUUUUGUCAUAACUUAACAUGUAUAUUUUUUUAAAAAAACAUGUCAGACGGAUGGGAAAUAUUAUUAUUAUUAUUAUUGCAACUUUCUGCAAUUCAGUAAUGAUCUGGCCAUGCUGUUUUAUAUUCUUUGUUAAUUUGUACAUUUCUUUUCUUUUUGAUAAUCGAAAAAAUUUCGAGGGUCAAUGACGUACGGUUAGAAACUUGGUGGAUAAUAUAGGUUCAUCCCUCUAUCUUUCUCUGCUCAAAAAGCAUUUCAGAAAGAAGAAAAAAACAGAAACUUUCUGUAAAUGAUAACAUACUUCUAAUGCCUAAGGCAUUAGUCUACUGGUAAGAGCACAACGCGUGGAUGUAUGAGCACAUCGCAUCACGAAGUCGAAUCUGCUAAAUAAAUUAAUUUUAUAUUAAUUAACUUAUAGUUCACAUUUCAGAAUCCAGUUGUACCUGAGAAUAAACAAAAAGACAACAAGAUAUUUGAGACUUAUGGGCACAGAUUUUUAGGUUACUUUUGAUCCAGAGCCAGAUCACAAUUAUCAAAAAGAAAAUGUAUAUGUAGUGAUACAUAUUUUUGUACUAUCAGAGACGAAGUUCAAAAAGGACGGACUUGAUAUAUUUAUGAGUAAAUACUGGAUUCAGUUGAACCUAUAGUCAAUACACUCAUCUCUAUCGGGAUUUAAUCUCCCAAAAUGCCUCUAUAUAUACAUUUUGUUCACCUAGUAACAAUUUUUUUUACUCAGCCACGUCUUUAUUAAUAUGGAAAGAACCAUACCUGAGGCAUCAAAGAGCCCGAUGAAGGCCACUGAGGGAAGUAUAGUGGAGGAAAACAAGAAGACUCUUCAAUUCAUUGAAGAGGUAACGAUCAACGUUGAUGAGGUCCAAAAGAGAGUUCUUGCUGAAAUCCUCUCUCGAAAUGCCAAUGUUGAGUACUUGCAGCGCCAUGAUCUCAAUGGUCACACUGAUAGAGAGACGUUCAAGAAAGUCAUGCCUGUCAUCACCUACAAAGAUAUUCAGCAUGAUAUUAACCGUAUAGCCAAUGGUGAUAAAUCUCCGAUCUUCUGCUCCCAACCCAUCUCUGAAUUCUUGACAAGUUCUGGGACGUCCGGAGGGGAGAGAAAAUUGAUGCCAACAAUUCCAGAAGAGAUUGGGAAGAGAUUUCAGCUUCGCGGCCUUGGGAUGUCUGUGAUAAGCCAAUUUGUUCCAGAUUUGGAAAAGGGCAAAGGAAUGUAUUUCUGGUCCAUAAAGUCCGAAGCCAAGACCCCAGGAGGAUUAACAGCUCGCCCUGUUUUAACAAGUAUGUGCAAGAGUCCUUAUUUCAACAACAACCGUUUUAGCCCCUAUGCAAACUACACUAGUCCAGCUGAAACCACUCUCUGCCCAGACUCUUACCAAAACAUGUACUCCCAAAUGCUUUGUGGUCUCUACCAAUGCAAAGAAGUCAUCAGCGUUGGCUCACCCUUUGCAUCCAGCUUCAUCCGUGCCAUCCGGUUCCUAGAAAAGCACUGGUCUCUACUUUGUAACGAUAUUCGAAUGGGAACCCUUAACACCCAAAUUACAGAUCAGUCAGUGAGAGAGUCGGUGAUGAAAAUCCUCAAACCUGACCCAGAGUUAGCUGAUUUCAUCGAGGCUGAAUGCAGUAGAGAUUCAUGGCAAGGGAUCAUCGCUAGGUUGUGGCCAAACACAAAGUAUGUGGCUGUUGUUGUAACCGGAAGCAUGUCACAGUAUAUACCUACCCUUGAUUAUUACAGCAAUGGCCUCCCUCUUGUCUCUACCAUGUAUGGUUCCUCAGAAUGCUACUUUGGAAUCAACUUGAACCCCUUUUGUAAGCCCAGUGAAGUCUCUUACACCCUUAUUCCCACCAUGUGCUAUUUUGAGUUCGCACCAAUUCACAGAGACAAUGGAGUCAUUAAUUCUAUCUCCAAGUCUAAGCUGCUUAAUGAGAAAGAACAAAAUCAAUUAGUUGAUUUGAUUGAUGUCCAGAUUGGCCAGGAGUACGAGCUUGUUGUUACCACAUAUUCAGGACUCUAUAGAUACAGAGUGGGUGAUGUGCUUCGAGUUGCUGGAUACAAGAACAAUGCACCUCAAUUCUACUUCGUAUGUCGGGAAAAUGUAAUCUUGAGCAUUGAUUCCGACAAGACUGAUGAAGCUGAGCUACAAAAUGCAGUAAAAACUGCAGGGCACAAUCUGAUACCAUUUGAUACAAAUGUAACCGAGUACACCAGCUAUGCCGAUAGCGCCACCAUUCCAGGCCACUAUGUCCUAUUCUGGGAGCUCAAUGUGAAUGGCUCUACCCAAAUUCCUCCUUCUGUCUUUGAAGAUUGUUGCCUCACCAUUGAAGAAUCUCUAAAUAGCGUCUACCGCCAGGGGCGUGCCUCUGACAAAUCCAUUGGGCCUCUGGAAAUCAGGAUAGUGGAAAUUGGGACUUUUGACAAGCUCAUGGAUUACUGUGUUAGCUUAGGUGCUUCCCUUGACCAAUACAAGACACCCCGAUGUGUGAAAUUUGCACCCCUUGUUGAGCUAUUGAAUUCGAGAGUCAUGUCCAGACACUUCAGUCCCACGUGUCCAAACUGGGUUCCUGGUAACAAGCAAUGGAACAACAUGAAUUGAAUGGCUAGUUUGGUGUUUCAGACCACAAGAAUUAUAACAAAGACUUAGCUUCUCUUUAUUGAUCUUAUUUUGUGUCAUCGUCUCUUUGCUUUUGCUAUAGUCACAACACUCUUGAAUGAGAAACAUCGUUACUUUGUUUCAUCUAAUUUUUCUUA